CACCCUCGCUGCCGAAAAUUGCUGGAAACUGCGAGCUCUCAACUCCACCAAGGAAAAGUGAAAUUGCGCCACCGGCUGGUGCGCUGACGUAUCUAUCGCAUCACAUGCACUGCACUAGCGCUAUCAAAAUUAACUGUCACAUUCAUGUGGAGUCAAUCACAUAGCUUCAUCCACUUGGUCGACUGUCAGCAGCUCCAGCUGUCCCCUGUGUCUCAUCGACUUCUCCUCUGCACAGACACACUGGUGGCAGCCCAUGCGUUUCAAUGACGGUCACGACACACUGCAAGCGACAAGGCUGUAUAAGUAAAGCACACCCAUGGUCGAUACUCACACCCCACCAGCCCUCAAGACACCAUCGAUGAGACACAGCAUCACCCCAAAGGCAGCCAACUACCCAGCCAGGCAGGCAGCCAAGGACGUCAGAAAUGGACAUGUGGAUGGAGAGAGGGGGCGAGUCAGACACACGCGACCUACAGAUCAACUACCUCACACACACGUGUGCAUCAAUCAGUCGAUCAGAGACACCAUACGUCACACGCAGCCAGCAGGAGGGAGGGCUAUCGACACAGAUAGAUAGAUAGAUACAAGGCGCGACAGUGGGGGAAAGAGAUGCACACCGGCAGGCCGGCAGCCGGGGAGUCGCGGAGUCCGUGGGCCAUCGGCCUCUCAUCUACUCUACGCACAGCUAUGCGAUGCGUCGAGGCGACCGGACAGCUUGCUACUGCAGCCGGUCAGGCAGGAUACACACACACACACAAAGAGAGAAAAGACUGGUUCAGUCAGGGUCAAUUCAAUGACAGACACCACGGGCUGUGAGGGGUGUCGGCGUAUCUGUAGGUUUAAUGACGAUUGGUGUGUGUCGCGUCAACGCUGCCAUUCUCCUCCUCGGCUGAUGCAUCCUCACCUGUCAUCAAGACACACACAAUCACACACACACACACACACACACACGUGUGAUACGGAUCGAGACAAGGGUAUCUGUGGUGUUCUGUGUGUGCCUUCUUUCCUUCCCUCCUGUGUACCUCCGCUGCCGUGUUCGCUGUCGACAUCCAUCUCGUCACUCUCAUUGCCACCAUCACCGUCUGCACCACACACAUAGAGAAGGCCCAUUAUCGAUCCAUUCACGCGAGUGUGUGCCCCUCCUUGCAUCCCUCCCUGUCUCCCUGGCUCCCUCAUCCCUCUGUCUGUCCGUCCACUCACCGCUAUCGUCACCAUCGUUAUCGCCGUCACCCUCGUCGCUAUCCUCUUCUGCCGAUGUGGAUUGACAUUGAGGCAUGUGUGUAUACUGACUGUGUGUGCUUUCCUUCCUUCCUUCGUGCGUACCUCCGCUGCCGUCUCCAUCGCUGUCGUCAUCCAUAUCAUCCCAACCGCCGCCAUGACCGUCGGAAUCUACACCACACACAAAGACAGAGAGAGAAGAAAUGCCAUUCAUCCAUCCACACCAUGGCCACCAUAUUUGUGUCCCUCCCCUGCCCGCACCGUUGUCAUCGUCGCUGUCAUCGUCUACUUGGCCGUCGAAGACGUAUGGCGCCACUCGUCCCAGCGCCACACGGGCCAGCUGAGUGGUGACAGGGAAGCGGUCCUUGAAGGAACCGCUCACACACGGCACAGGUGCCUCGGUGGUCCAAACGUCAACAAACACUGCAGACAAUCAGACAGAAAACACUGAUGGCAUUUGAUCACCACCUGAGCUGUCUGUCUGUCAGCCUGACCGUAGUCGUAUCCCACAUCCGAAAUGGCAAUCCACGCGACGAAGUUGUGGCUGCUGUCGGUGAGCACCAACCGUCGCACACGCUCGUCCCGGCUGAGUGUGGUGGUGCAUCCGGCCACCGGUGUGUGGGGCGACUGGGUCAGGAGGCCAUCCAGGCGGCCGCCACCAACACGCCUGAACCAAUCACACACGCCCCUCUUGCCACUGAUGCCAUUUGUGUGGUACCUGUUGAGAUAUAUGAAUGUGCGAUUGGUAUGGUGAGUGUGGUGGAGGUGAUCGAGGAUCACACGCUUGGCAAAUGACGACACCGACGAAUCGGUGGACGAGUUACCGUACGACACCCAUCUGCCGGUGUGGCCUCGUAGUCGAUGCGGCUCCGCACUGGUGGGUCAUGCUGUAGUCGGUGCCGCUGAUACAGAUGGCCGGCAGGGAGGGGAGGGUCGACGGUCAGCCGAAAACUAGGAAGGUCCCUGAUGGCCCGCACCUCAUCGUUGGCACGGCGGAAGAUCUGCAGGCGGCUGCCGUCACCGAAGUCGAUGUGGCGGCCGACCACCAUCAGCUGCGCCAACACACGAGCUACCAACAGAUACGCCUACACCACACAGACAGACAGACAGACAGACAGACAGGCAGAGAGGAAUGAGGUCUCUCCGCUCUCCCCCGCCCCUGUGUGUGUGUGCCUUACCGUCUUGCUGGCGUGUGUGCGAAUGUCAUCUGCCGUGAGGUUGACGGGCAGCGUGCAGCAGCCGCACUGGCUGGCCAGCUGCAGCACCUCAGCGACCUCGUCCCACCUCUGCUCUUCCAUCAUCCAGAUGGCCGCCAGCAGCAGCUGCGCCCCGACCACCGACUGAGUGUCGAAGGCCAGCAGGGUGUCCAGUCGGGUGCCGUCAGCGAGGCGAAUGCGAUCCAGUGAGCGGUUGAGGCGAUGGCGGAGGACCUCGGCAGGGAAGUCGACCUUGCUGAAGAACAGGGCCGACUUUCUGAUGUUGCCGAGGUCCUUGACGUUGUGCAGCUCAUCGCGCUCGUCCCGAUAGACGACGUCCAGGACCUGGCCGUUGAUGGCGGGCGAUGCCUCGUCGGUGCUCUUGAUCUCGACCUUGCUCUUGACCGCACCCAUCGCUUGUCGCAAAGGCUACUUUC